AUGCCCACUCAGCUGGAGGUGGCCAUGAACAUCAUGAUUACGACCUUCCACCAGUACUCUUUCAAGAAAGGGGACAGAUUCAAGCUCAGCAAGGGGGAACUGAAAAUGCUCCUGCAGCGAGAGCUCACACAGUUCCUCUCGUGCCAAAAGGACCCCCAGUUGGUUGAUAAGAUAAUGUAGGACCUGGAUGCCAAUAAGGACAAUGAAGUGGAUUUUAAUGAAUUCGUGGUCAUGGUGGUAGCUCUGACAGUGGCUUGUAAUGAUUACUUCGUAGGACAAUUGAAGAAGAAAGGAAAAUAA